GACGAGCCGCCGCCACCGCUCACGAGCGCGCCAUGGGGGCCGUGACGGAUGGUGAGGAGGCCCCGACGUGUGGAGCCGGAAGCUCCUCGAGCCCCCCGCCCUCCUUUUCAGGCGCCCCCUGGAAGGAGCGGUGUCCUGGGGCCGAGUAGGGGUGGGGGAGGGGUGCUUUAGGCCCAGACCCCCAACAAAAGGAAGGAAAAGGGGGAGUCGUGGGAGGGAGGGACUUGGACCCUUGAUACUUGGUGCAGGUCGGAAGGAGGGGUCCGGGUCUUCCACGUGAUCUAGCGCCCAGCCGCCCGGCCUUUCAGCUCCGCUGGGGGCCUCAGACACUGGGUAGCGGGCUGGUGGGGCCAGGGAAAGCGUGUCUCCAUUCCUGAUCUAUGGGUGCAGGGGUCCGGGGUCGGAGGGAGCGCCCGCGGGGGCACGACUAUGCGUCAUCUCCUGAGAUCCGGGGGCUCUCCUGGGGUACCGGUGCAGCCUCCCUGCCUUUGUAACGCCGCAGCCUCCAACUCCACGGGCAAAAAAUUGAAAGCCCAUUUUUGUGGGAUUUGGUAGACCGGGCCAGUCUUUUGUGUUCCCGGGGCCGGCACAGACCUGACACGUACGAGGUGCCUGCUUAGUGUGUGUUGGAUAUUUUAAAGCGAAGGCCGAGCAACUGGGAACAUCCUCCUUCCUUCUUAAAAUACAAUAUACCCCGGCAUUUAGGGGACUCAGAGGAGGUCCUGGUUUCAAAUUUGGCCUCAGACAUUACAUAUUUGUGUGACCCUGGGCAAGCCAUUUAACUCCCAUUGCCUAGCCCUUACCGCUCUUCUGCCGAUUCUAAGAUGGAAGAUGAAGUCAUAAGGAAGCGUCUCUUAAUUGAUGGUGAUGGUGCUGGUGAUGAUCGAAGAAUCAACUUAUUAGUGAAGAGCUUCAUUAAAUGGUGCAAUGCUGGAUCUCAGGAAGAGGGCUAUAGCCAGUACCAGCGCAUGCUGAGUACAUUGUCUCAGUGUGAAUUUUCAAUGGGAAAAACCCUGCUUGUAUAUGAUAUGAAUCUCAGAGAAAUGGAGAACUAUGAAAAAAUUUACAAAGACAUAGAAAAUAGCAUAGCUGGAGCACAUGAAAAAAUUGCUGAGUGCAAAAAGCAGAUCCUUCAAGCAAAACGAAUACGGAAAAAUCGCCAGGAAUAUGAUGCUUUGGCAAAAGUCAUACAGCACCACCCAGACAGGCAUGAAACAUUAAAGGAACUAGAUGCUUUGGGGAAAGAAUUACAACACCUUUCUCAUAUAAAAGAAAAUGUUGAAGAUAAGCUGGAACUAAGGCGAAAGCAGUUCCAUGUUCUUCUUAGUACCAUUCAUGAACUUCAGCAGACAUUAGAAAAUGAUGAAAAACUCUCAGAAGUGGAAGAGGCUCAGGAAGCAGGCAUGGAAACAGAGACUAAACAGUAGGCCAACACAAGUCUCACCAGGAUGGAGAGAUCUAAAUAGCUCAGGUUCCUUCCACAUGGCUAAGCAUAAAUGUUAAGUCAUUGUUGCUUCAGUGAAACUAACAGACUGUGGAUGAUAAAUUUUUAUUAAUUUUUUCAAAUGUCCAACUAGGUAAAGAAACUAUUUUAAUGAAGUUUGUUUUUAUGAAGUUUUUUAUUCAGAUGUUUUCAGUUUGUAUUUUCGUGCAUAUUUUGGUAAUUGUUAAAAUGAUAAAAUUGAAUUUGAGUCAGAUAAGUUGUAUUUUACAAGGAAGCACUAAUAGAAUAUACACAUGGAUUAUAUAUUGGAAUAUGUCUACUUUGGAUGGAGUUUCCUUUCCCCACCUUGGACACCCACACCAUUGUAGUGAAGUCCUCGGAACUGUAUGAGGUACAGAAAAGUGAUGACUUGCCCAGGCUUUUGAAGCUGGUGUUGAAGGAGAUUUCUAGCCAAGUCUUCCUGAAUCCAAGACCAGCACUUGACCACAAUUUCUAUGUCACACUUCUAUAUAUGGGGAAAAACACAUGAGCAAAUAAUGCAUCCAUUUCUAACCUAGAGAAAUGAGUUGUUCACUUUUAAAUAAAUGAAAUUUAACCAA